AUGCGUGAAAUCGUCCACCUCCAGACCGGCCAGUGCGGUAACCAGAUCGGUGCCAAGUUCUGGGAGGUUGUCUCCGAUGAGCACGGCAUCGAGUCGGACGGUGUUUACAGGGGCAACAACGACCUCCAGCUCGAGCGGAUCAACGUCUACUACAACGAAGUCGGCGCGAACAAGUAUGUGCCCCGUGCAGUCCUCGUUGAUCUGGAGCCUGGAACCAUGGACUCCGUCCGCUCGGGCCCCCUUGGCAACCUCUUCCGCCCCGACAACUUCGUCUUCGGUCAGAGCGGAGCUGGUAACAACUGGGCGAAGGGUCACUACACCGAGGGUGCCGAGCUCGUUGACUCCGUUCUCGACGUCGUCCGCAAGGAGGCUGAGGGCACUGACUGCCUGCAGGGCUUCCAGAUCACUCACUCCCUGGGUGGUGGUACCGGUGCGGGCAUGGGUACGCUUUUGAUCUCGAAGAUCCGUGAGGAGUACCCCGAUCGUAUGAUGGCCACGUUCUCCGUCGUGCCUUCGCCGAAGGUGUCCGACACCGUCGUCGAGCCCUACAACGCAACGCUCUCCGUGCACCAGCUUGUCGAGAACUCCGACCAGACGUACUGUAUCGACAACGAGGCGCUCUACGACAUCUGCUUCCGGACACUCAAGCUGACGACGCCCACGUACGGUGACCUCAACCACCUCGUGUCCAUCGUCAUGUCCGGCAUCACGACUUGCUUGCGCUUCCCUGGUCAGCUCAACUCGGAUCUGAGGAAGUUGGCCGUCAACAUGGUUCCUUUCCCCCGUCUUCACUUCUUCAUGACCGGUUUCGCGCCCCUCACUGCUCGUGGAAGCCAGCAGUACCGCGCCGUCACCGUCCCCGAGCUCACCCAGCAAAUGUUCGACGCGAAGAACAUGAUGGCUGCCUCCGACCCCAGGCACGGUCGCUACCUCACCGUCGCCGCCGUCUUCCGUGGCAAGGUCUCCAUGAAGGAGGUUGAGGAGCAGAUGCAGAACGUCCAGAACAAGAACUCUGCGUACUUCGUCGAGUGGAUCCCCAACAACGUCCUCACCGCGCAGUGUGACAUCGCCCCCCGUGGUCUCAAGAUGGCCGUCACCUUCCUCGGCAACUCCACCGCGAUCCAGGAGCUCUUCAAGCGUGUCAGCGACCAGUUCACGGCCAUGUUCAAGCGCAAGGCCUUCUUGCAUUGGUACACGCAGGAGGGUAUGGACGAGAUGGAGUUCACGGAGGCCGAGUCCAACAUGCAGGAUCUUGUUGCGGAGUACCAGCAGUACCAGGACGCCACCGUCGAGGAGGAGGUCGAGUACGAGGACGAGGUCGCGCCCGAGGAGGAAUAA